AUGCUUGGAUUGUUAAAAGGUCGUGUUGGUGUCGUUCAAACAAAACGAGCACGCCAUAUUGUACAUGGACAACAAAACAUCAUGAAACCAUCUGGUAUUAGUAAUCAGUCAGAAGUAAUUCAGAAGAAAAUAAUUGAACUGGAAAAAAUCACACAUCGAGGUGAUAUUAAAGGUCGGGAGGUGUUGUGGUGUAAUACAAGUGAUUAUAUGAAGACAAACAAGGCACACGAACAGCUUCGUAAAGUCAUGACUGCUUGUGCUCUUAUAAUGGCAAUAAAUGUGUUUUUAUUUGUGCAAGCUGGCAAAGAUUUGAAACGACGGAGGAAGAACAAUAUGAACGAAAGGGAAAUUUUACGAAAUGAAUUAAAUUUGUCUGGCAAGGAAAGACAUAAAAUUGGCAGGCCUUUUGAAGUUAAUUAA